AUGGCCUCCCUUGCUGGACAAGCUCGUCUCUUCAAGGACAACUUCUAUGGUGACGGUGCGAAAGCAUACGAUUUCGGUUAUCCUCGCAUUCAAGCCAACGUCGACGACCCUUACCCCGAUCCUGCUUACAACUCGACUUCGGACGCAGCAAACAAGACUGUCUACGCUGGCAACAUGACCUAUGCAGGCUGUUACACUGAUUCGAGCUCCCGUACUCUUGCCACUCUGAUCUACGACUCUCCUUCCAACACCAUUGAGCAAUGUACCACGGCUUGCGCCAACGCUGGUUUCUCGAUCGCAGGUAUGGAGUACGGCAGCCAGUGUUGGUGUGAUAACAAAAUCGGUCCCUACACCCAGAAAGCUCUGGAUCUCGGUUGCUCCCAGCCUUGCCCCGGUAACACCACCGAGGUUUGUGGCCAAUCAGGCCGUCUGUCGCUCUACUCGAACGGUCCGCCUGUUCAAAGUGCGGCUCCCUCAAAUCCCGAGGUCGUAGGCAACUACUACUAUUCUGGGUGCCACAACGAAUCGACUAGCGGCCGUGCUCUCUCGGGCCCUUCGUACUCCGACGGCAAGAACAUGACCUUGGAGAGCUGUGCAGCUUUCUGCAACGGCUACAAGUACUUCGGUGUCGAGUACGCCUCUGAGUGCUACUGUGGCUCAUACUUUGGUGCCGGCAGUGCCAUCGUCUCUGACAACACUUGCUCUAUGCUGUGUACCGGUAACUCGCUUGAACUUUGCGGUAACGGCGGCGCUCUCUCUGUCUACACACUCAACUCUGAUGCACCUGUUUCGACCAUUGUCCAGGGCUCCACUACCGCUGGUGCUGCACCAACAAACACAGGCUCAGGCUCAGCCGCACUCUCGCUUCCCACUGGCUUCUCCUCAUACGGUUGCUUUAUUGAUGGAAGCCCUCGUGCUUUGGCCUACUCUGCUGGUUCCAAGAGCGACAACACCCCCUACAAGUGUGCAUCCACCUGCCAGAGCUUGGGAUACAAGUACGCAGGUACCGAGUACGGAAGCGAGUGUUGGUGCGCCAACGCUGCACCCACAUCCAGCACAAAGGCCACCGACUGCAACAUGGCUUGCAGCGGCGACAACACCCAAACCUGCGGUGCCGGAAAUCGUCUUUCCGUCUACGUUGACAACACCUGGACAAACAAGUUCAGUGCUCGCCCCAGCUAUGGCUCGUGGAACUUGAUGGCUUGUUACACCGAUGGUACUAACGGACGUGUCUUGCCCAACACCAUGAGCAUGACUGGUGGUGCCAACAACGCUACCAUCGCCAACUGCCUUGACGCCUGUGCAAGAAGCGGCUUGAGCGUCUGCGGUGCCGAGUACUACCAAGAGUGCUACGGAGGCUCCGUUGCCCCCAACAGCAACUUGAUCGCCGGUUCCGACCCCUUGACCGCUGGUUGCAACUACCCUUGCAACGGCAACAAGACCGAGGCAUGUGGUGGUUCCAACAGAAUCCUGGUGUAUAUCAACAACGGCACCAUGGCUUCCAGUCGCCACCGCCGUUAA